AUGUUUAACCCAUGUAUCACAUCAGACAAUUUGAGUCCAGGAAAUCCGCGUAUUCACAGCACGCGGGAACAACCCAGUUGUGACACGUGUCAUGGAGUCUUCUCCAAAUUGGUCGGGUUACGGCUGGACGUUAAAGCUGUCCACAGCACCCCGAAGGGAUCCAUGAAAAUUCACGAGGUGACGCAUUUGCAGAAAACUACACCAGACACGUUACAGUGUCACGUCUGUCCUCAAGCCUUCUUAAGUAGGAGUGCCCUACAACGUCAUAUUCGGGUAUUGCAUGAAAAUCGGAGGAAUUAUCCGUGUACAUUUUGUAAGAGAAGAUUCUCCAUCUCAUCGAAUUUGAAGCGUCACGUGGCGAUGAAACAUGCUGCGAGCAAGGAGAAGAUUCAUUCCUGCGACAAAUGCGAGUACAAGAGCCACUCAAAAUUCAAUUUAAAGCAACGCCACAAUGCUACGAAGAGGCACGAGUGUUACUUUUGCAAAAAGCUGUUUGCCAGUUUCCCAGCAUUGGUCAGACAUUGUAGUCGAGUUCAUACUCUCGAAAAGUAA